GGAACAAAUCACAUUUUCACCAGAAUCAAGUCUCAGCUCCCUCUUCAGUCUUAUUUCCUCUCAUGACCCCCAUGAUUCAUCCUUUUCCUCCUCCAUAGCUCAAGGGAUAUUAUUAUUAUCCCUAGGGCCGAUUCCCACCGGAUGGCUGGUCAUUUCUGAUCUUCCCAUGUCAUCGAUCAACACGCCAAUCCCUGGAAGCAGAACGAAAACAUACAAACAAUCCUCCUCCUCCUCUCCUGGGGUCAUGGGGGUAUUCGAGGUGCUCGGGUUAUUUAUCAAUGAAGUUUGGCUGGUACGAGGUUGCGGUCCUGACAACGGCCUCCUCUGUAGGAGUCAGUGCGAAGAAUGAUCUUGCAUACUCCCCCCCAUAUUACCCGUCCCCAUGGGCUACCGGUCAGGGGGACUGGGCCGACGCAUACAGUCGUGCCAUCGAGAUUGUUUCGAAAAUGACUCUGGAUGAGAAGGUGAACCUGACAACCGGCACUGGAUGGAUGUUGGAACGAUGUGUCGGUCAGACGGGAAGCGUGCCUAGACUUGGGAUUCAAUCUAUCUGUACCCAGGAUGGUCCUCUAGGUAUCCGUUUUACGGACUAUAACUCAGCCUUCCCGGCUGGGGUCAAUGUUGCCGCCACAUGGGACAAGUCGCUCGCCUAUCUUCGUGGAAACGCUAUGGGCCAAGAAUUCAGCGACAAGGGGAUUGAUGUCCAGCUCGGCCCUGCCGCGGGCCCUCUUGGUCGAAGUCCCGACGGGGGCCGUAUCUGGGAAGGUUUCUCUCCGGACCCAGUCCUCACGGGUAUUAUGUUUGCAGAGACGAUCAAAGGUAUCCAGGAUGCCGGGGUCAUCGCGACCGCGAAGCAUUAUCUUGUCAACGAACAGGAGCAUUUCCGACAGGCCCCCGAGGCUGUUGGCUAUGGCUACGACAUCACGGAUAGUUUGAGUGCCAAUGUGGAUGACAAGACUCUACACGAGCUGUACCUCUGGCCCUUUGCCGAUGCCGUGCGGGCGGGCGUCGGGGCGAUAAUGUGCUCCUAUAACCAGAUUAACAAUAGUUACGGCUGCCAGAAUAGCCAUCUCCUGAACCGGCUUCUCAAAGCUGAACUGGGGUUCCAGGGCUUUGUCAUGAGUGACUGGAGUGCAGAGCACAGCGGGGUCGGUGCGGUCCUGGCCGGCAUGGAUAUGUCCAUGCCGGGUGAUGUCACGUUCAACAGUGGCACCUCAUACCUGGGAGCCAAUCUGACUAUCGCGGUUCUCAAUGGUACCGUUCCACAAUGGCGCAUUGAUGAUAUGGCGGUUCGUAUUAUGGCUGCCUACUACAAGGUCGGCCGCGAUCGCCUGCAACAUCCACCCAACUUCAGCUCGUGGACGCGUGAUGAGUUCGGAUAUGCCUACAUCGCCGUCUCGGAAGGCCCGUAUGAGCGGGUCAAUGAGUUUGUGGAGGUCCAGCGCGAUCAUGCUUCGGUCGCCCACCGUGUGGCUGCGGAUAGUGUGGUUUUGUUGAAGAACCACGGCUCGCUUCCCCUGACUGGAAAGGAGCGCAUGGUGGGAAUUUUGGGCGAGGAUGCUGGCUCUCACCCGUGGGGCGCGAAUGGCUGCGCCGAUCGUGGCUGCGAUCAAGGAACCCUGGCCAUGGGCUGGGGUAGUGGAACAUCGAACUUCCCCUACCUGGUUACUCCGGAACAGGCUAUCCAGGACGAGGUUCUGAGAGGACGUGGCAACGUGUUUGCGGUGACCGAUAACUACGCUCUGGACCAGGUCGCCUCCGUGGCUGCACAGUCGACCGUCUCUCUCGUGUUUGUCAAUGCAGACUCGGGUGAAGGGUAUAUCAAUGUGGAUGGCAAUGAGGGCGACCGCAAGAACCUCACCCUUUGGAAAAACGGCGAAAAUUUGAUCAAGGCGGCUGCAGGAAACUGCAACAAUACCAUAGUUAUCAUGCACUCUCCCGGUCCGGUCCUGGUGACUGAUUGGUAUGACCAUCCUAACAUCACCGCCAUCCUCUGGAAUGGCCUGCCCGGCCAGGAAUCUGGCAAUGCCCUCACCGACGUGCUCUAUGGGCGUAUUAACCCGGGCGGCAAGUCCCCGUUUACUUGGGGCCGAACGCGCGCUGCGUACGGCGACCCGCUGCUCACGGAACCCAAUAAUGGCAGAGGAGCACCUCAGCACGAUUUUACGGAAGGAAUCUUCAUUGAUUACCGCCAUUUUGACAAGAACAACGAGGAGCCGAUCUAUGAGUUCGGGUUUGGCCUGAGCUACACCACUUUCUCCUACUCGGACCUCCAAAUUCAGCGGCUCAACGCCCCCUCCUACGUUCCCACCACCGGCAAGACUCAAGCUGCCCCCAUUUUCGGAACGAUUCAGGAUGCCUCGGCUUACUUGUUCCCUCAGGGACUGACCAAGAUUAAGGAGUUCAUCUACCCCUAUAUUAGCUCCACCGAUCUCAAGAGCGCGGCAGGCGAUGCAAACUAUGGAAUGAAGGAGUCCCAGUAUAUCCCCCUGGGUUCUCAGGACGGGUCCCCUCAAGAGCUUCUCUCGGCUAGUGGGGGCCCUGGCGGAAACCCCGGUCUCUAUGAUGACCUAUUCCGGGUGACAGCGACUAUCAAAAACACGGGAUCGGUGGUUGGCGGCGAGGUGCCGCAGUUGUAUGUUUCCCUGGGUGGCCCCAAUGAGCCCAAGGUGGUCCUGCGCCAGUUUGACAAGCUCAAUUUGAACCCCGGAGAGGAGUUUGUGUGGUCCACCACUCUAAACCGCCGGGAUCUGUCCAACUGGGAUGUGCAAAAGCAGGAUUGGAUUAUCUCGUCCUACCCGAAGAAAGUGUAUGUCGGUAGCUCGUCACGGAAGCUCCCGCUUGAAGCUACCUUGCCUGCGGUGCAAUAGGCGCGGGUUGAAUGUGUACAGCGAGGUCGUCCUUACUUCGGAGGGAGGCUCUCGAUGCCAUCUUAAUCAUGGACCCCUUCUGGUCUUUUCGAGUACAUUAGUUCUAAAGAUAAUGGGUACAAUUUUAAUGACACGAUAUUGCUUUCAAUCCUGCG